AUGCCUGAAAAGGAACUAAGUAGACGUGCCUACAAGGGACAACUUACUAGCAUCAAGAAGGUGCUUGAGAAGUUCCAGAAUGAUCCAACCCUCCUUGAAAGAGAUAAUGCAGAGAUGCAAAUUGUAUCACACCGUGAUAUGGUUGGACGGGUGGAGCAAAAGUUUCAAUUAAUCCAAAUGGAAAUUAUCAAGGACACGACCACUCCGGAGGAUAAAGAGAGAGAGCAAAAGGAAUUGAUGAGCUUUCUGGAUGACUGCAUGGUCACUGAGAUGGCAUUUACGAAGCUAUUGGCAACCAUCUCAUCGCAAUCUCCACGAUCACUCGCUGAUGAUUCUAUUUGCUUAGAAGGAGCGGGCCCCGGAAGCUCAGGUCUGGAGACUUUGCUUAAUUUAAUGAGCAAACAAUUGAAAGAACAGCGCCAGCAACGCUUGAGUGAUGAGUCUAGACUCAAGGAAAUUCUUGAUGUUCAGCGAGAGGAGUUCAGUAAAAUGCUGGAGACUCGUAGGGAACUUAAUACUUCUCUUAGCGAAACUGACCUUCUUUUUACUGAGUCAUCGGCAAAACUUGAGCCUAUUAAAAUUCCUUCUUUUGGGGGCUCAUAUUGUGAUUGGCAAUCUUUCAAAAAUCUUUUUCUCUCCUCUGUCGAUAAAAACCCACGGCUCACAAAGUCACAAAAAAUGCAAUAUCUUGUGAGUAACACCAAUGGGGAGGCUUUGGCUCUCUUCAGUAAACUCCCGUUCUCUGAUGAGAACUACGAUAUUGCAUGGAAUCGCCUGGUGAAGAGGUAUGAUGACAAAAUGUUGAUAGUCGCUGCACAUAUGGAUGCAUUUUUAAGCCAACAAGUGAUCUCUAAGCCGAAUGCUUCAGCUCUAAGGAAACUCCAAUCAUCUACUAAUCAAGCAUUGGAGGCCAUUAAUGCUUUGCAAGUCACGGAAAGAGACCCUUGGCUCAUCCACUGGACUCUCAAUCAUGUGGACCAUCAGACCAGGACACUGUGGAGUGAAAAGAAGCCCCAGUCUACACCUACAUGGGCGGACUUUGAUGACUUCUUGAACACCAGGUGUCGGAACAUGGAGUCCUGUCCACCGCAGCAGUCCUCAAUGCCACUCUCAAUACUGGAUAACCCUACCCCAUCUGAUACUGGUACUAAUCCCUGUCCCUCAACAUCCACUAGUUUGAAUUGUGCGGGAAAAUCACGAGGGGUGCGAUCCCAUGUAUUGUUCGCAACUGCUGUUGUAAAACUUUUGGGCAACAAUAAUACCCAAGAAUAUUGUCGAAUUAUCUUGGACCCCGGAUCCCAGAUUAAUAUCAUCUCCACUUUCAUGUGCGAAAAGUUACAAUUGCCACUUACCCGAACAAAUUUUAUUGUUGACGGAGUAGGGUCAAUUUCACAAGUCUCGCAACAGGAAACUCAGGUUCGAUUGCAGAUCAAGGACAAAUCUGAAAUCCAGACCCAUAUAUUGGAUUGUCUUGUGAUGAUGAAAGUCAUUGGGGAGCAGCCGAAUUGGGAGAUAGAUGUCAGUAGGAUCCAAAUACCCCCACAAUUUCAGUUAGCUGACCCCCUCUGGUUCAAGCGACAGAAAGUAGAUUUGCUGAUCGGUGGUAGCCAUGCGUGGCAAUUCCUGGGGCUUGAUAAACACGUUCUAGGAGAUGGUCUUCCCAUGCUCCAACACAGUGUUUUUGGCUGGUUGGUAGUAGGUCCGUGCUAUUCCACAGAUUAUACAGUAGUGGGUUCUUGCAACAUUACCACAUUGACUAGCAUAGAUCGGACACUCAAAAGGUUCUGGGAAAUCGAGGAUGUCCCCAAGGAGUUCGGUGCUCAAUCAGAACAUGAAGAAGUUGAAGCACACUUCCAAGACACAACCUUUCAGGACCCAGAGGGAAGAUAUGUAGUAUCACUUCCACUUAGGGAUGAUGUGAAAGAUCUAGAUAACAAUCGUGGGGCUGCUGUGCGUCAACUGAACUACUUGAACAGAAGAUUGGUAAAAAACCCAGCAUUGCUGAACCAGUAUGAUGGGAUAUUCAAAGAAUAUUUGAGCCUCAAUAUUAUUGAGAAAGUUCCUUUCGAUGAAUUACAGAAGCCAUCUUACUACUUUCCUCACCAUGGCGUGAUCAAGAAUGAUUCCUCAACUACCAAGAUACGGAUAGUGUUUAAUGCUAGCUCACGCACAAAGUCUGGGAGGAGUUUGAAUGAUUGUAUGAUGGCCUGUCCAGUGGUUCAACCAACUCUGGUGUCAAUCUUGUGGAGAUUUCGAUUACAUGAGGUCGUCUUAACCUGUGAUAUUGUUAAGAUGUACCUACAGGUUCUCAUGAAUCCCUCACACCGAGACUAUCAUCGGUUCGUUUGGUUUGAAAAUUCAGAAAUGGUGGAUUAUCGGUUCAGAACCGUUUGCUUUGGUGUAGCAGCAUCUCCAUACUUAGCAACUAGAGUUCUAAAUCAAAUUGCCACAGAUAAUAAAACUGAGUUUCCUUUGGCUUGUUCAAUCCUGACUCAAAAUUUCUAUGUGGAUGACUGCCUGUUCUCUGCCCCAACCAUAGGCAAAGCCAUAGAUGCUAAAAAUCAAUUAGAAAAUGUUCUAGGUGGUGCAGGGAUGAAGCUAUCCAAAUUCAGAACUAACAGGUUAGAAGUUCUACAGCCAGAAGAUGAUAUUACUCCAAAUUCCACUGAACUCGUCUUAGAUGAAGAAGCCAAAACUUUGGGUAUCCUAUGGAAUCCAAAGACAGACGCUUUCCAUUUUCGAGUGACCAACCAACCAAGCGGAGAAAAUCCUACGAAACGCUAUAUUCUUUCAACGAUUGCAAGAAUCUUUGAUCCGUGUGGACUAAUCGGACCGAUUGUCACAAUAGCAAAAAUCAUUCUGCAAGACGUAUGGGAGACUGAGGCUGAUUGGGAUACUCCAAUCCCUAAUGUGUUGGAAAAAAGGUGGCAAAUGUUUGUUGCGGACUUAGCAGAUAUUGAACAAAUCCAAAUCACAAGAUGGAUAUCCACAAUCAGUAAUCCAAGUCAUCGUGAGCUCCACGCAUUUUGCGAUGCUUCGAAAACCGCUUAUGGAGUCUCAAUUUAUUUGGUUUGCGAAGAUAGUCAUACCUCUCGGUCGUCAAGUUUAUUGGUUUCGAAGUCCAGGCUCAUGCCAAUCCCAUCAAAGAAGGGUGCGACUCCUACAAAAAUUACAUUGACGAUACCAAAGGCAGAACUCAGUGGAGCAGAAUUAGCCACGCAAGUAAUGAACGCUGUCUCAAAAUCAUUGGGAAUAGAAAGAUGUUUCUUUUGGACUGAUGCAAUGGUUAUCCUGCAUCAAAUACAUUCGCCAAAUCGUCCAAGAGAGGUAUUUGUACGACAUCGGGUAUCCAAAAUUCUGAGUUUGUCAACAGCAUCCCAAUGGCGACAUGUGCCUACGUCGCAUAAUCCCGCAGAUGUCCUUUCACGUGGUAGCAGAGUCAAGGCACUUGCCUCUAAUAAGUUGUGGUGGAGUGGACCUGAGUGGUUGCUGAAGACGGAAGAAAAUUGGCCUCAAGAAUUUUGUCCGGGAAAACCCAACCUGUGUUGUUCGGAGACUUUGGCGGGUAUGGGAUUAUCAACUACAGUGGAUCCAGACAUGAUUGUUUACGAUCGUCUGUUGGAACACCAUGGUUCAUUUUUGAGGAUCAGUAGAGUUCUCGCAUGGAUUUUUCGAGCAGUUGCCAUUUUCAAGAGCAUGACAAUACGCCGAACCCGAAAUUCUGUUAUGAUUUUUCCUGAGAAUUUGCAGGUCACAGAGUUAGAAGAAGCGGAAGUUCGCAUAUUAAAGUGGGAUCAGAAAAGGCACUUGAAAAAUGUUCGUGAUUUGGUCAAGGCUAACCGCCUGAAUUCGUUGCCUAGCCCUAUGCGAAAACUGCGUCCCUUUAUGGAUCCUCAAGGAAUCUUACGAGUUGGUGGACGAUUAAGCCUGUCUUCAGAGGAUUUUGAUCUUCGACAUCCCAUAAUUUUGCCAAAAGGAAAACUUUCGGAUUUACUCGCGCUACGUGAACAUCAACGGCUUCUACAUGCUGGGCCACAGCUCACGCUAGCGUCGCUGAGAAGAAGAUAUUGGCCUUUGAACGGGAGAAACACUGUGAAGCGCAUCAUUCAUUCUUGCGUGAAAUGCAUACGAUUAAAGCCUCCAAAAUCUCAGCAGUUGAUGGGUGACCUUCCACCUUCGAGAGUAUCUUUUACUCGCCCAUUCCGUUAUACGGGGAUCGAUUUUACGGGCCAUAUUAUGAUCAAAAGGGCCCCCAGAGGUGGUGUGCAAGAAAAGUCAUAUGUGGCAGUCUUUGUCUGCAUGACAGUCAAGGCCGUUCAUCUCGAACUCAUUACUUCGUUAACAACGCACGCCUUUAUUGCUGCAUUCAAACGAUUUGUCGCAAGACGGGGUCUACCAGCACAUAUCUAUAGCGACAAUGGCACUAACCUUGUCGGGGGAGAGAAGGAGUUACGAAGGUUGCUCAGGAAUCGUCAGGCUCAACAAGAGCUGUCAGACUUCGCAUCAAAGCUACACGUUCAGUGGCACUUCAACACUCCGGGUGCCCCACAUCAAGGUGGCUUGUGGGAGGCUGCCGUUAAAUCCUUCAAAUAUCAUCUCUCACGAAUUGUUGGAAAUGUGUCUUUGACUUACGAGGAGCUGAACACUGUGAUCAUCCAGAUCGAAGCAGUAUUGAACAGCAGACCCCUAGUUGCUCUCACAGAUGACCCACAAGACCCAACCAGUUUGACACCUGGAGACUUCCUUACAGGGGGAGCUCUCACACAGCUACCAGUUGUUCAACAAGAUCUAGAGAGGACGGAUCGUUUGCAUAGAUGGGAAUUAUGUACCAAGCUGCAACACGAUUUCAUGACCCGAUGGAAGAGAGACUAUCUUCAUACGUUGCAACAGAGACAUUGCUGGAACCGAGACUCUCCCAAUAUCGAACCAGGAGACGUUGUUUUGGUUAAAUCAGACAUUGCACCUAAUUUGGAUUGGCCAAUGGGUCUAGUGGAGAAAGUUUUUCCUGGCAAGGAUAAUAGGGUGAGAGUGGCACAGUUGUCCAACGCCAGUCGGAAAGCCCAACAAUCUACAAUCUACAAUCUACAAAUCAACAAAAUCAAUAUGGGCAAUCCACACUCACAAGAGGAAGUCAUCAUUGCACAGAACGGCGGAG